UUUGAGGAAGAAAACACAUUGCAUUGUGGUCCAUUUUCUACACAUCACACUUGAUUUAUUGUGUUUAGAGUUCUACUCAUCACAUUUCACAUAUUGUAUUUGGUUGUCUACACCUCACAAUGGCGUUAGAGGAUGUCUUCGAGGAAAUAGGAGGAUUUAACCGGUUUCACGUUCUUUUGAUUUUAUUCGUCUACGGUCUUAAGAGUUGGUGCGCUUGGAGCAUGUUGAUAAUUAGCUUUGCUGGAGUUAUCCCCACGUAUUACUGCACGGCCCAUAGUAACAACACCAUAACAUGGGAGGCUAAUCAGUCCAGAUAUGAUACUACAACAUGGGGAGCUAAUCAGUCCAGGCAUGAUACCAUAAACGUCUGUGAAAUCAAUGGCACCAUGUGUACAGAGUUCCUGUUUCAGAGUUCUCCAAGGACAGCAAUUUCUGAGUGGAGUUUGGUGUGCAGCCUAAAAUGGGUGAAAUCUUUUAUCGUGUCCAUACAAAUGGCCGGCGUCCUUGUGGGUGCGGCAGUAGCCGGACAGACAGGAGACACGUACGGUCGCAAGAACACCAUAUACUGUUUCUUUCUGCUGCUGAUGGGGAUGAAUAUCGUGUCCGCUUUUUCUGUCAACUGGCAGAUGUACUGUGCGCUUCGUUUUUUCAUCGGUUUGUCCAUAGGGGCAAUUCUGGUCGCAACUGUUCCCUUCUGUAGCGAGUUCCUUCCCCCUAGAUGGAGGGUGGUGGUUGUGAUUCCCAUGUGGUCAGUAGGUGGGGGUGUGUUCGCUGGGGCUGCCUGGGUCCUGAGGGACUGGUCACACCUACAUCUGGCCACAGCAGCUAUAUGUCUGCCCAGUUUGUUUGGAUACUUCUAUUUCCCAGAGAGUGUGAGGUGGCUUGCUGUCAAAGGAAGACUUGAUGAAGCGCACGUUGCCUUAGAGAAAAUGGCAAGAAUGAACAGGAAGACGGUACCUGGGUACGCUAAGGAUGUCUUACAGAAAAUCUACAACGACGAAAUCGAAUUCAAAUCAAAGGGAAACAACUAUUUCUAUCGUGAUGUCUUCAAAACUUGGGAAAUGGCAAAAACAACUUGCAUCUUAUCAUUUCAUUGGAUCACAAUGACCAUCACAUAUUACGGCCUGACAUUUGCUGCGCCAAGUCUCGCAGGGAACCUGUAUCUCAAUAUUUUUAUCAUGAAUUCCAUAGAAAUACCCGCCAAUCUAUCGGCCAUAUUUUUAUGUAACAGGUUUGGUCGAGGACAUUGCUGCAGAUCUUUUAUGGCGAUCGCCUGUGUGGCGAGCUUUGGUUGUCUGGCGGCUCGUACGUGGGCCCCCACCCACCAGGCCCCGCUUAUUGUAACAGGCCUGAGUCUCGUGGCCAACCUAGGGGUAGGGGGGAGCUGGGGGAGCUCCCAGGUGUGGAUAGGUGAGAUCUACCCCACGGUCAUAAGAUCUCUGGCUUAUGGAGUUAUGAACACUGUUGCUAGAGUGGGAGGUAUCGUAUCGCCAUACGCUGUCAAUCUUGACGAUCGUGAAGUCCUGUCUUACGUCAUCAUGGGGUCAAUGUCCGGUCUGUGUGUACUGCUGCUGAUGUUUGUAGAAGAGACCAAAGAUUGUCUUUUACCUGAGAGCCUUCACCAAGCUGACGUCAAGACUGCAGCACAGAGCAACGGAGUUCACAAGGAACUAUCUGGACAGCUACACCUGAACAUGAACGACUUAAGCGUCUUGAAAGAUAAACCCAAUGAAACUAAAAAAUUGGAAAUUUUAAGUGCUCCGGUCUCAGAUUAUCAUCUCAGAAAAUUCCCAAAGUUCGAGGAUAAUUCUAAUCAUGAAAAAUAUCAAAAUGUUUCUUUGAAUUCCAAGAAAGUUUUAUUUUCCAAAAAUACGGAAAUUAAUUAUGUGAGCAGUGGCAAAAUAAAUACCAGUUUUAGUGUAGACAAUGUAAACUCAAAAGAUAACACUAGCUCCACUUGUUUAAAUAGCAAGGAAAAAAUGAACAAACUCACCGGGGAGACUAUGAAUCAAGAAAUAUUUAUUAUUGCAACACAUCUGUAGCGCAGACUUUUUUUUUAACUAUGACGCUUUAUAAAGAAAAAAAAAAACAAGAUUCGAUAUUAAACAUAACUGAAAUUAAUAUAUUUAUUAAUUUUGUAGGCCUAAUUGUUUAUUCUAUUUUUAAAUUUGAAAUCUAUAGAAGAAAAUAGUUAAAGUAAUUUGUCCAACUAUGCCAAAUGGUAUUCACUUCCCCUUUGUUAUGUAGAGUAUGCAUGUCCAAUAAAUGUAAAAGUAAUUAUCAUUCAUUCUUGUUUUAAUGAUUUCGCAAACUCGAGUCCAAGAUUGUAAUAAACCAAAAAUUUAGAUGAUUAAAAAUAUUUCAUUACGU